UGUGACCGCGGCGACCGCGGAACGGCACGCAUUGUGUUUCCCACCUGCGCUGCGCAACCUCCGGUCGAUCCGGCCCUUCCCCUUCUCUUCGACCCAUCCCCGCUGCAAAACCGUCGGUGGCGUCGCCCUUCCACCGCGCCGCCACUCCACUAUCCAUCCUCCGCCGCCCUCGUCCUCCUUUCCGUCACACAGGACAAACAUUCAAAGAGCAGGGAGCGAGCGAGCGAGUGCCCGCACACGCGUCACUUCUCCGAUCUGGUCCGGCUGUUCCGCCAGAGAGCGAGCCCGGAAUUCCGCCUUUGUUGUAGCUGCCGCUGCGUGCUGCCAAUUCCAAAGGUCGACUCACAGGACUGAAGAGGCGGCUCCUUCCUUCUCGAUUCAUCAGGCUUCCGACACGCGCCCGUGCCACAAUGUCAGAGGACAAGGGCCGCAAUCGCGGCGGUGCGCGGGUGAAAGCCCGGGAGGCGGUCUGCAACGCCGUCGCCGGCGGUUCGGCUGGGGUCAUCUCAGCCACGGUGUUGUGCCCGCUGGACGUGCUCAAGACGCGUCUGCAGGUGUACGGUCUCCCUUCAAACCUUUCCCCUGGCACUGCGCCGCCUGGUAGGAUAAUUAUUUCAGGAUUGCAACACAUACUCAAAACUGAAGGUCUUCCUGGGUUGUAUCGUGGCCUUUCUCCAACAAUAGUAGCACUAUAUCCAACUUGGGCUGUUACAUUUUCAGUUUAUAACUACGUGAGGGGUCUUCUUCGAUCUCAAGAUGCUAAAAAUGGCGAACUGUCCAUACAGGAAAAUAUUUUAGCUGCUUCCUGUGCAGGGAUUGCAACAGCUGUUGCAACUAAUCCUUUAUGGGUUGUGAAGACUAGACUACAAACACAAGGGAUGAGGCCUGGUGUUGUGCCUUAUACGAGCAUCUUAUCCGCGUUACGUAGGAUUGCAGCAGAAGAAGGUCUCCGUGGAUUGUACAGUGGUCUUCUUCCUUCUUUAGCUGGGGUUACUCAUGUAGCCAUCCAGUUCCCAGUAUACGAGAAGGCGAAGCUGUACAUUGCAAAAAGAGACAAUACUACAGUUGAUAAGCUUGGCCCUGGUCAGUUAGCAAUUUGUUCCUCAGGAUCCAAAAUAACAGCCUCGCUCAUAACAUACCCUCAUGAGGUUGUAAGAUCUAAGUUGCAAGAACAAGGCCGUGUUCCCCAUGGUGCUAUACGGUAUAUAGGUGUAACGGACUGUAUAAAGCAAGUGUUACAGAAGGAGGGGAUUGCUGGAUUCUACCGAGGUUGUGCUACAAAUUUGUUGCGAACAACGCCGAACGCUGUCAUUACUUUCACUAGUUAUGAGAUGAUCAAUCGACUCAUGCACAAGCUCCUGCCCUCCUAAUUGAAAGGUGGAACUUUAUUGCGGUCCCUCCGCCUUAUUUUGUCUUUUAGGGCUUGUUAAGUUGUGCCCUCAGCAGAACCCCCCUACUUGGUGUCGUGCUACCUUGUGUGUGUGUAUGUGUCUGGAUUUGGUCUUAUGUUUGUAUUCUUGGUAUGAUGGUUUGCUUUAUAUAUAUAAAGCGGGGUGAAAGAUUUUCUCGGCAAA